GGCAUCACAACAGCCAGGUGUGAGAACCGAAGGAUGGAGGUUUGGCUUAUCCCCAAACACCGACUCCCUUACGGCCGCUGUCCGUAGAGUCUGUGGGCACGAUGCGUGGCAGUUCACGAGCAACGCAGCGUCUCCAGAGAAGAGCGAAAAGCCGGACUGCGACUACUUCUCUCCCUCCCAUCCCAACGCUGCCGGAGUCAAAAAUGACUUCAUCAGCAGGGAGGCACUGAUGGAGUAGCGUUAAGCAGUGGAGACCUGUAGCCGGGCGGCAGACACUGGGAAACCUCACAACGUCCGUUUGCUCACUCGAUUCCUUGUCAGAAAGAAUAAGGAAUGAUCGGGGUACAGAAACGAAGGCUGUUUGGUGUUCUUUCAGUGCCGGUGCUUGUGGCUGUGAUGUGCUGUGCUCAGAGCGCCAACGAACCAGGCAAUAUGUCUUUUGUCAAAGAGACAGUGGACAAGCUGUUGAAAGGAUAUGACAUUCGUCUUCGACCUGACUUUGGAGGUACGUUCGGGCUCAGCCUCAGAGCUUUGCUCACUUUUUUUUCUUCAAGUUAUGUAGAAGUUGUUGUGAGCUGUUCUUGUGAUAUUGGAAAACUACGUGUUGAUCGGGGUGGUGGUCAUAAGUUUUCUCUGCUCCUUCAAGGCCCACCGGUUGCGGUCGGGAUGAGUAUUGACGUGGCGAGCAUAGACAUGGUGUCUGAGGUCAACAUGGACUACACGUUGACUAUGUACUUCCAGCAGUACUGGAGGGAUAAGCGACUAGCAUAUGCUGGAAUCCCUCUCAACCUAACCCUUGACAACAGGGUGGCCGACCAGCUUUGGGUCCCUGAUACAUACUUCCUUAACGAUAAGAAGUCUUUUGUCCAUGGUGUGACUGUGAAGAACCGAAUGAUCCGCCUGCAUCCUGAUGGCACGGUCCUCUAUGGACUGAGAAUCACCACGACAGCUGCAUGCAUGAUGGACCUGAGGAGGUAUCCUCUGGACGAACAAAAUUGCACACUGGAGAUAGAGAGCUAUGGCUACACAACUGACGACAUUGAGUUCUACUGGAAAGGAGGAGACAACGCAGUGACCGGAGUGUCCCGAAUUGAACUUCCUCAGUUCUCCAUUGUUGACUACAAACUGGUCUCCCGAAACGUUGUCUUCUCCACAGGUGCCUAUCCACGGCUGUCUCUAAGCUUUAAGCUGAAGAGGAACAUUGGCUAUUUCAUCUUGCAGACGUACAUGCCCUCCAUCCUGAUUACCAUCCUGUCCUGGGUCUCCUUCUGGAUCAACUAUGAUGCAUCUGCGGCCAGAGUAGCAUUAGGUAUCACAACCGUGCUGACCAUGACUACCAUCAACACCCAUCUGAGAGAAACGUUGCCCAAGAUCCCAUACGUCAAAGCCAUUGACAUGUACCUGAUGGGCUGCUUCGUCUUCGUCUUCUUGGCCCUGCUGGAGUAUGCCUUCGUCAACUACAUCUUCUUUGGCCGAGGCCCACAGAUGCAGAAAAAGUUGGCUGAAAAGGCAGAGAAAGCCAACAACGACCGCACCAAAUAUGACGGCAACAAGUCUGUUCAGGAGGGGGGGAAUUGCAAGCCUUCAUCUGUUAAACAGUCCAAUCAGGUACAAGGCCACCGUCACUCACGAGGGGUGGACUCCCAAGGGAACAUCCUCCUGACCACUCUGGAAAUCCACAACGAGGUGGCCGGAAACGAGGUGACCACCAGCGUCAGCGAGGCCCGCAACUCCACUUCUAUGGUGUUUGAUAACUCAGGGAUCCAGUACCGGAAGCAGAGUGGGCCGCGGCAUGAAGCUGCCCGCCAUAGCCUGGACAGGAACGCGCAGCCCAAGAAAGCCAGGCUGCGCCGGCGCUCAUCCCAGCUCAAAAUCAAAAUCCCUGACCUUACAGACGUCAACGCCAUCGAUCGAUGGUCACGGAUAAUAUUCCCCGCUGCUUUUUCCCUCUUCAAUUUGAUCUAUUGGCUUUACUAUGUGAAUUAAGCCGCAGAUCUGGGUGGUUUCCCUUUGCAAUUAUCUUUUCCAUUUUAGAGGUAAAAUGAGACUUUUUUUCUCUUUUCAGAGGACGUAUUUGUGCGCCAUUGUGGUGAGCGUGUUUUUGUACUUGCAAACCCUUGCUUUUCUGUGAAGGGUACCAGUGGAAGACGAUGUGCACUAAAACGGGCUUUCUCAUCACACACACCUUCAGAUCCAUAUCUACUUACACACACACAAACACAGAAUCAAUUUUAUAAAGACUCUUUGUACAUAACUGCUGAAAUUUUGAAGCCAUGGGACUUCCGCAUGAUGCAAAUGGGACCCUUUUUAAACUUGUACUAACCUGUUAAAAUCGUGAGAGGUCAGCUCCACUGAAUUUGCUACAGACCUGCGACUUAGAUUAAGGGUCAUCUCCAAAUGAUUCAUGCCAACAAGCCUCCAUUAUUAGAAUACCAAGAACAAAUGAAAAAUGACCUUUGUAUUAAACCAGAUGGUAGAAAUGCAAUAUUCUGUAUUUAGGGUUGUGGUUUCACAAGUGUCAGCAUUGCUUUUUUUCCAUCAGCAGUUGUGUUAAACUUUAGACUUUUACUGAUAUGAACAUAUUAUGUGUAUGAAUGGACAUUGUUUGUAUAUAGUCAUGUUAUGACAUGCUUUUGGGACAUGAUUUCCAUCUGCCUUGGGUUGAUAUAGAUCACUUUUCACAGAUUUGGUGUAAGUGCUUCAGUACAUGUAACUAAGUAAUGCUUGUGCACUCAUCACGGUUCAAAACAUAUUAAAGCCUAACUACCAGUGUUGUGGAAUGUUUAAAUCAGGGCCUGCAAAUGACUUCCAUAAUGCCAACAUAUGCAUUAUAGGGCAACGUUAUAGGUAUCGUACAUAGACUUUUGUUUCAAAUGGUUAAUUUCUGUCAGUAGUUGUAUAGCAUUUAGCAUGUGUAUUUUUUUAAGUGAGAGAUUAUGACUCAAGCACUUGUGAUGAAUGUUUGAGUCUAAUAAUGUUAAUGUAGGCCUUAUGUAAACUGUCGUAUGGUCCAUUGACACUGUUUGUUCGACCAAAAACUCCACCUAACCUCUUUUUAUUCCUUUCCCAUCAGUGUUCCUUUGAGAUGGAUUGUAGACUAAAGGAAUAGUGGUUUGAGGCGCAGUGUGUACUCAUAAUAAAAAAAAAAUGUCUCAGGUUUUG